AAGCACACUCAUCCGCCAAAGACAGAGACAUCCGUGACCUUGGUAAUCUGAAGUUCUUUAGAAUUUUAAUGGACUUGAGUUUACCUGCAACAAAGCUUUCAUAUUCCGAAGCAACAAGGAAAAUUUCUUUAUCUAUACCCUCCCUAUACGCGUUAAAUCCUACUCUUAACGAUAUAUUAUUUUGUGAAGAGAUUCUUGAAUUAGAUGAUCAUGAAGAAAAUGACGAAAUCAAUAAUUUCUUUAAAGGUCCUGCCGAAAAUAAUUCAUCCAAUCUGAUUGGAAAAUCGGAUGAACGAAACGUUUCCAACGAAACGGAGAGCGAGAAUUUUCACAAUCCUGCCUACCAAGAAAUCACAGAAAUCUUAACACGUUAUGGUUUCGUGAGGAUCCAGACGUGUAUCGACACUCAACCGGUUGCAUACUCUGGUACUCUUGCGUUGCUUCUUUCAACAAGUGAAAAGCCCACGGUAUUAUCAAGACCAUCACAUGUGCCAGCAAGGAGAAUUACUAUAGAUAAGUCCAUCGGAUUCUUUAUAGCAGUGUCGGGUUUUGGACAAAUUUUGAGUUUUUUAAUAUUUUGGACAAGGUUUUCGACAUAG